AAUUCCUCAACAUUUUGACAAGUGGCAGUGGGCAUUCCGACAUCGUCAAAAUUUCUCUCCCGUCUAUUUCACAUUUAGACUUCUGAAGAAGCUCAAAAUUUUUAAUAACACAAAUCAUUAUAUUUCGAAGACUAAAUUUUGACGAAAAUGGCUUAUCCGGGACAAUCGGCCGCGACAGCUGAAACUGUGAUGUACACGCAAUUGCAACCAUGGAGCAGCAUGGGUGCUUUGCCAUGCAUGGAGCAAGUUUCGGGUUCUCCCGUGCCGGCGAAAGUGGGAGAAUAUUUUAGGACUCCAAGGCCACAUCCAUGGCGGCCAACUUUGGGCUACGAAACCAUCCAAGUUCAGCCACUAUUAUCGCAAACUAUAACAAAUCAGCUGUCUGAUCCCUGUUACACCCCGGAAGGAAUGGCAACCGAACCUCUCAAAUUUCCGAAUCUCGUAACCGGAUUCGAGAGAAAUCCUGGACACGCGGCACGUGUUGCUCUCUAUACUAGAUACACUCCAUUCGAGUGGUCCCAGAACCAAACCCGUUUUUAUAACGAAGUAAACACUAAUAUUCAUUAUGCUGACAAACUCCGUCAAGAUACAGUUCGACUGAUGCGAGCAGCGGAUGAGACUAUAAAAAAUGGGCAAGCGGAAACAGGUCGGAUGAUCGGCGAACGACUAACUGAAAUAGAAUUUUGGGAGCGUGAGUUAACCGCGGAGAUGGAGCGUUUGAUUUUGGAAUGUCAAAAGAUGCAGGACUGUCGAAGAGCUCUUCAGAGAGCAAUUAUGGAUCUUGAAGCGCCUUUGCAAGUGGCUCAGGAGUGUCUUUAUCAACGAGAAUUUAGAAAAGGAGCUGAAUUGGUGCAUGAUGAGACGGAACAAUGCCUGCUUAGAGAAGUCGAAACGAUAAGAAGAGCUAUAAAGAAACUGCAAUUAUUCGUUGAUAAAUGUGCCCAAAUAUUGAACGAAGCUCGAGCAGCUCAAAACGAAUUAGAAGUGGAUCUAAGCAACAAAGAAAUUUCGCAUGGGAUCGAUACGUUGAGCCACCAGUUGAACAAUUUCAGUAAAGGAAUCGAGUACUUCGGUGGAAUUGAAAAAUACGACGUUUGUGUUACCGAGGGUGAAACGUGGUCUCAAGCUUCCAAUGACCUCAUAGUGAAAUCCCAAAAAAUUCGAAAACGCUCAGCCGAUCUUCGAACUAAUACCGAAACCGGUAUAGACUCGGUUCCAAAAGAAAUUUGGGACGCUUGGACCAGAACGAACAACGCACUCGGCAAAAGAGCGGCAGAACUGCUCGAGGCUAAGAGCAAAAUAAUAGUGCAUUUGCAACAGGUACAGAAAGACAUUUUCAGUGUCGAAAAAACAAUGGAGUUGAUCAGAAAAUCCAUAGCAGACAAAAGCUCGACGCUGAAAGUCGCGCAUACGAGGCUCGAGGCCCGGACGCAUCGUCCGCAAUCGGAAUUGUGCAGAGAUUACGCUCAAACAAGGAUGGUGACCGAAGUGGACACGAUUAAAACUAUAAUCCACGAGCUGCACAUGAAGUUACAAGAGUGCGAAGCACAGCACCAACAAUUGCUGAAAACUCGUAACAAUCUUGAGACGGAGCUUAAAUCAAAAGUCGACUCUUUGUUCGUGGAUCGCGAGAAAUGUAUGGGAAUGCGACGAACUUAUCCAAUAGCGGCGACGAUAAAGUACUGAUUCAGUAUCUGGAAGAAGAAAAUAAAAUGAGUACCGGUUUUUACAAUAUUUUUUAAUCAACCUUUAUUCUUAUAAUUCAAGUUCAUCAAAAUUCAUAACAAAAGUAAUUUAUGACUAUAAAAUACAUAUCUUUGUGAUAUUAACGAUGUCCCAGCCCGUGUAAUACGCGGAUAAUCGAUCCGUUUGCUGUUUUGCGAAUUUUUAAAAAUUCUUAUUGUCACUCACGAAAUAUAGGAAUAGCCCGGUGCAAUUUGACCAUUUUGGAGAUCGAUCUGAUUACACAUUUUGCUCGUCGCUCCCUUUAUUUUAACUGUACAAGCUUCGGUGAGUUUGAUCACAGACUUAUAAACUUCGCGUUACUCAAACGAUCGUAUUCUACUUAAUCUUUUUUCUUUGAUUGUCUUCUUAGUCUUAGAAAAAAAACGCGGUUUAUUCUAUUUUGAGUUAUUUACAGGUUCUAUGGUUGGUCAAUAAAAAAAGAAAUGUUGAU